GGAGCGCCAUUUUUCGCUUGUUUCAUAAACGUGUUGGUUCGAAAAACUGUAAAAACCACGAAAAUUCGGCAUCGAAAUCGAGCGCAACUAUUACCGACUGGUGCUGCUAAGUACAAGCUACGCGCAGCUGAAAAAUAAUGGACGAUGGUUUAGCAACUACAACCAUUGAUGCUGUUCGUAGCCCCGAAAAACCAGAUUCUCAAAGCAUCCAAAUCAAAGAAGCCAACAGUAACUCGAUUUCACACCAGCCGUCACUUCCGCCAACAGAUGCGUCACCGUCAUCUGCCGAUGAUAAACCGCAAAGCAACACAUGUGCAGAAUCGAAUCAGCACCAUGGAGGUGAAUAUGAACUUGACUCGUUAUCUACCCACUCCGACCUUAACGGGGAUGCAAAGGAGCUGGUGGAUGAUGCGGAUAUGCUCAAAACUAAAGUCACACCUCAAGAUCGGUUAUUCCCAGAUACGCUUCCAAGUGAAGGGCCCGGACAAACGUGCUCGAAAGAAGAUACGGAAGAAGAGCACCUUGUAAAGGGAAAUGAUGCUGUGAAUGCAAUGGAAACAAGUGAUUCUUUGCCAGAUGAACCCGUCGAUAAAGUGCCGGUGGAUACAAAGUGCAAAGGAAGUGAUCAAUUGAACGGAGAAGAUCCAGUUUUGUCCCCUGAAAAUAUCGCCGCAAGUGGUACUACAAGUGAUGUUGCGAUAGGAAAUGUCUCCAGUUGUGAUGAACAAACAGUCAACAAUGACGAAGUACGAACAACAAAGAAAAGCAGUAAUCCCGUUGAACAAUCGUGUAACGUAUUCGCGACGAAUGAAGAAUUACGGACGGGAGCGAAUGACAGUGAUGUGGAUUUAAGUCAGGGCAAGUGUGAUCCUGCGUUGGGAAUGAUGAUCCCCAUAGAAGAGGGCGUUGCGGCCGAAGAAAAGCAAGCUAUGUUCAGGUUGGAAGCGGCAACUGAGAUUAGUCAUGCCGAAAUGGAGAAUCCGUAUGGUAACAGCAGCCAGAGUAAUGGAGUGGAAAUGAAGGUUACAUGUAAAGACUCGGCAUCAUAUGAUUCUGAUGAUUUAAUGCAACGAAAAGAGAGUGAUUUAUUAAUCGUUAGUGGUUCGGACGAAAUGAGUCGUACUCCAACAGCUCAAGCUUCGAAUGAUGACGAAUCUAAGUUGAGCUUGAAGAAAGAAUGUUGGAGCGGUGACGAUGUAAAUACUACGUAUACUGAUAAAAUAGCAUUUAAAAGCUGGCCAAUCGAUAUACAGAUGAAUGGCGGCUCUUCAGAUAAUCCAGAGCUGUAUAGCGACGCGAAACAUUCUACUGCACAAGUAGAAGAGACAUCUUUGGUUACUAAUAGCAACACUAGUAGCAUCGGUAGUAAUUUAGAACAAACCAACGAAUCAGUGAAGGAACCAGAUGAUCGGCUGGCACGAGAAAAUGAAUCCGCCGAUAUUCAAUCGGUAGAAAUCAUUAGCAAAGAUAUUUCUGUAACGAAUCUACUAAAACGUCGUGCAUCAGAAACGCCGCUGCAAGAUGAAAGUGACAGUCGAAGAACAACGCUAGACGGCGUAGUUCAGUCAAAACUAAUGAAAAUGGGUGAUGAGACAACAAUAGCACAAGCUCCCGAAUCAGAAUUGCCGCUGCAGGAUACAAGUGACAGUCGAAGAACAUCAUUAGACAGCGAAAUGGCGUCAAAUCAGAUGAAAAAGAGUGAUGAAAUAACAACAGAACUAGCUCCUGAAUCAGAAACGCCACUACAGGAUGGAAGUGACAGUCGAAGAACAUCAUUAGACAGCGAAAUGCCGUCAGAUCGAAUGAAAACGAGUGACGAAACAACAAUGGAACUAGCUCCCGAAUUGACUGUGGAUGAGACUUCCGCAGCGGUUCCCGGAAUGAUUAAUGCUCAUGAAUCGGAACCAAAUCCACAUUCGGAUAACAUGUCUAACCAUAGUUCGAUGGAUUCCAGUAAAUCUUCUUCACAUAUGCUCAACGAUUCAUCAGCGGAUCAGCAACCAACAGCAGUAAGGUCACCUUGCAGCAUCAACCUUGAAACGGCAAAUGAAGCUGCUGCAGUUCCAGAGGCACACGCUGAGAAUGAAGAAAACAGCAGUAGCAGCAGCGAAAGUUCUAGUUCCUCUGAAAGUUCUUCAUCGUCAACGUCCUCCUCUUCGUCUUCUGAAAGUGAUGACUCGGAAGAUGAGGCAGAAGAUUCACAGAAAGAUAUCUCCGAUAAACAGCCAACGGCGGAAACUGGACCGGCAUCGACUGGUUUUGAAGUACAUCAGCCUAUACCAACAACAGCACCGCAAGAAUUUCUUGAAACACCGGAUGUUCCGAACAACGACAGUGGUGCCGAGAGCAGUCGAGAUAGCGCAGCAAUGGAGAUAGGUGAAUCAGGAGAUUCUUAUGAGGAAGAUGAACAUGAGGUGGUUAAAAAUCAAGCAGACGAAGCGAAAAUAACGCGCAGUGAAGGAUUGAAACUUUCCAUUUCUCUAAAACGGUCGUCUCACGUUGCUACGCCAACUGUGAAUAAAUACGAAUCAGUAGCAAGUAAACCGAAGUCUACUACGUUAGUGGCAGCUGCAUCACUACCCCCGCAGCCGGUUGAUUUCAGUAAUCUGCUUAAGCAAGGUUUGUUUCACGAACGGCAAGAAUUGAUCAAAAUUGAUUACAAUCACGCACCGCUUGGAGAUCAUUUGGGACGACCUUCCACAUAUGCAACAAACACCAGUGAUUAUCAUCAGCAGCAACAGCAACCCCCUUUGAUACACCCUCAACAAUAUUCUUCGCAACACUGGAGUCAACGAACCGUCACAACUGACAGUGUGGGGAACAACGUAGGAUCUUUUAAUCAUUUUUCGGACACAAAAGCAACGUCAGUGUCGCGGUUACUUCCACCCACUCUGGACGAAUCGUCUGAUACAAUGGAUGAAGACAAUCGAUUGGUGAUAGCCGAGAAGCAGCAACGACGAUACAGAAAAAAGGCCAACAAUAGUAAUCAAUCUUCACUGUUGCAAACGGCACUUGCAACAUCGGGAAAGCUAAAUGCGGCAGCUACAGUUGCCACUUACAAUCAACAGCUGCUUCAACUGCAGGAACAGUACAGGCAGGUUCAGCGUCAACAGCUCCCCUAUCCAAUGCAAACUGCUUCACCACAACUAAUGCAGAAUUUCGGUCGAAUAUCUGGUGAUUAUGGUGGUGGACCUUAUGCCGGCGAUGCUGGGACCAUGGCAGGGAGAAUCAACGAGAACGUAGUUUAUAAUACGCCCUCGGUGACGGGUAACGUUGGACAUCAGCAUUCUCCUUCGGUGUUUGCAGCAUCGCAUGCGCUCGGCGGAAGACCUGAGCUUAACUCUACAAAGGGGAUCGCUAACAAUAGAUCAGGCGAAACGAGGAAGAAAAGCAAAACCAAAGCAGGCAGUGCUCCUGUUCCCAAAGAGUCAAUCGCCAAGAAACAUAAGGCACCUAAAAAGGUGACUAAUGACGCAACCCUCCAGCAGCAAAUGCAUCACACCUUGGCGAAAACAGCAAUCGAGAGCUCUCCUGCAGUGCCAACAUCAAUAACUUCACAACUGCCGUUGGAGAAGAAAAAGGACAAGAAAAAAGUUUUCUUAUGCUCUGCGUGCGGAACACACUACGAAAACUGGAAUCUAUUUGUCCAUAUGCUGGAAGUGCACCGGAAACACAUUUGUCUAUACUGUCUGGGUAUCUUUCAAUCCGCCGAACGGUUGAUAAACCACUUGGGAAUGAAGCACAGUGUAACGAGGAAGCAUUAUGGUGGCUUAUCUGAGUACAUACAACAUCACCAACGGCAGAGGAUUGUAGCCAAGUUUGGGGAAUCUGCAAUCCGUCCUGAGCAACUGGAAGAACUUGCGACGAAAGCCUGUAUGGGGCAUCAGCAAUCUUUCUUUUUGAUGUGCUCUCGGUGUGAACAUCUAUUUGAAAGCUCCGGUAAUCUGCUAGCUAAUGACGAAGAACACAUUAUUAAGCACAAUUGCGCCGAUUACGUGGAAGCAUGCAGUAACUGCGGUGAACUAAAAAUAUCGAAACAUCGAUGUGGCGUAAUGAAAGGGGAAGAAGAUGGAGUCGGUUUGAGCAUCUCUAAGAAGAAACUGUCCAAGAAAAUGGUACACAAGGGAAUAAGCGAUAACAACAAAACGCUACCAUCGGAUGCGGGCAGAGCAGUGGAUGUAAAUGGUAUUUUAAAUGAUCAGAAUGGCUACCCAUCGACAGCGUCGUACUAUUUUCAAAAUCAGUCCAAUGCACCAAUGCCCGUUCAUGGCGGCGAGAUGGACGGUUUUAAUCGAUCUGCAGGACAGUCAAUCACUAAUCAUCAACAUGAAAUUUCGCGGCUUCAAAAUUUAAAUGUGAGUGAUCAUCCCCGAACACCAUCGCUACUGUUGCAACCGGCUGAAUCGAGCAUUCUAUCCUCGAUACCUUCGCGGGAUGAAGCGGUCUCUGAUAAACAGCAUGCGACCAUUAACGGCGAUCAGUAUGCGGAUGAACUAGAACAGAAUACUGUUCCUUCCGCAGUACUACCUCCCAGCGAUAAUUCAGUUGUAGAUACGGGACCGGUGGCAUCAGAGUCCUGUACUCCUCCAGCUAUCCCCGUGACUCCUUUAGUGCCAAAGUUAAAGGUAAAAGUUCCCUUCCAGUACAUCAAACCAAUUGAAAGUGAUGAAUCGUUCAGCGAUAGCGAACUUGAUGAAGAAGAGGAAGAUGAAUAUGGCGACGAGGAGGAGGAUGAGAAUGACGAAAAAGAAAAGACAAGUAAGGAAGAUGAACGUUCGUCUGAUGCUAUUGUUCCUGCUGCUGAAUCAUCGUCUAGUGUCAGUGAGAACUAUGAAGCGCCGGUAUCUGUUCCGGAAGGCAGUGUGAAUCCCGCAAGCCAGCAGUUCAGUACAGAUGACUCUCUGAAGCCUGGCAGUCUAGAGCCAGUUUCUGUGGAGACUGAUGGCACCACACCUCAAGCGAUGGGAACGAUCGACAACAAAGAUGAAAAGGAAUCCAACGAAAUGUUAUCAGAACAACAAGAGGAUGUACCGAUGGAUAUUGACGAAUCCAUUUCGGGCCAUCAUCACAGAGUCCAGCAAGCGCAAAGUGUAGAAGCAGAACCAUCGCAUCGUCCAUUGCAAGAUAACCUAUCAUCUUCAUCGCACGAUCCACAGCAAACGUCUCCUAUCGGUGGAGUAAGCGAAGCAGAUGCUGAACUCGGUGAACAGCAGAAUACCAGCGCUGUGUCUAUGGAAACCGAUUCAGUGAAAAAUAAAGACACCGAGGCUACAGUGGAAAAUGUCGAUUCGCAGGAUCAGCAAGAAGAAGCUCCACCAUCGGUAUUUGCUGGAAUCGGUUUACCUGCAACAGCUGACAACGAUGUCGAAUGUGAGAAAGAAUGCAAAGAAGCUAACACAGCCGGCGAGGCCAGCGAGUCAAAGGUUUCCGAGCUGCUGACAACGACACAGGUGGGCGAUGAUGCGAUGGAUACAGAAGAGAACAAAACUACCCUCGCUGAUCCAGAUGGCCUCGUUAUAGCCGAUGAAGAUGCUCAACUGUUUCAUCUUACGUUGGAUGAACCACUAGACCGGAUUCCAGUGCGGGAAUUUGUUAAAAUAUGUCUCCGGGAAACGGCACGCUUCUGUCUAUAUUGUAACCAUGCACGGCGGAUUGCCGUCAAUGGAAGACAGCUCGUAAUGCAUAUCAUUGCUAUGCACCGUUUUCAGGCAACCGUCAAUAGCAUCACCGGGGAAGAGUUGUUGCCCGAUACGAUCGUGCAUCGCUUCCGUACUUCGCUUAACGAUCUGGAAGGCGCCUAUCUGAACGUGGAGACGUUCGAUAACAGCUGGUCGCUCGAGCAGCGUAGUUCCGUACCGUUUAUGAAACAAUUCGAGUGCUUCCAGUGUCGGUUUGUGACGGUCGUGCACAAGGAGCUGUAUCUGCACAAUCGCAAAAUGCACCAGAAGUCGGUGCUGUUUUGUUUGAUUUGUAAGGCGAAUUUCUUCAGUUAUAGUGAGCUGCUGUGUCACAUGUGUCCCGGUGUGGCAAAUCGGAUGAGCAUCCUUGACUAUUCGUUCCGUUGUUGUGUUUGCAACAUGGACGGUAUACCGUCCGCGUUCCGACUGAUGGUGCAUUUGCGCAAGCGACACUUUGCGUGCGAUGUAUGUCUGGAAGAAUGUCAGGAUCAGGCGCGACUUUCAAAUCACGUGUGGAAGCACAAGUUGAACCAUCUAUGCUACCGCUGCGGAUUAAGCUAUCGCAAUAAGGACGACAUCUUGAAGCAUCUCUUCUGGAAGCACGGCACCGAAGGGGUACUGUGUAAACGGUGUUUGAAGAAAAAAUGGCCCCACGUUUAUCACUUCUGUGCACCACCGGCGCAGUAUACUUGCGAAGUGUGUCAGUUACCGUUCGAACGAUCCGUAGCCCUAAAGGUACAUCAGCGAUUGCACAACGGUGAGGCAAAGUACCCCUGCACGGAAGAUGGUUGCGAGAAACGAUUCAUUUCUAAGAAGCUGCUGCUGAAACAUGUCCAACGGCACUAUCCGGAAGAGCAGCGGUCCAUUGCUGCAGCCGAAGGUGAGGUAAAAACAGAAGAUACACUGAACGAGGAUAACACUGUUGCAAAGGAUGAGCAACAGCAAACGAAAGCGAUAGUAACGCAGAACGGAGCACUCAGGCAUUCCGUGGACGAGCAGAGCGGCAAAGAAGAUCAGUGCCCUGCGUCGGACACGGCUGCUGAAGGCAAAGACGGACAGAGUGAAUUAACCCCUACAGACACGGUAAAAGAGGAAUCGGGGGAGACAGACAGUUCCGCCAAACUGGAAGAUUCAAAGGAUGAGACAAAAGCUAAGCCAAUGGAUGUCACUGAUGCUGCCAUUACAGACAGCAAGACAGCAUCCGAUCGUGAUACUGCACAAUCUCAGCCCAGUAUUAGUGCACCGGCAGGCGAAGUGAACACGACGCCAUCGAAGAAAUCGAAGAAAAAGAGGAAGGGAAAAGAUGAUGGCUUGUCAUUGGAUGACUUGAUGGAUCUACCGGCCUUGAAUCUAUCCGAGAGCGACAGCAGUGACGAUUCGGAUAAUGAGAAUUCGAAUGCAAGCUCCGCUUCGAAGCAGUUCAAGAACUGGGCCAAGAGCAGAACCGCUGAUAGUGUACUGGCUGCUGACGAUGGGGAUCGGGAAGAUAACGCCGACCGUUCGGUGGAUCCUUCGGGCAGUGGGUUAGAUUGGGAGAGGAAAACAGCUGCUGCUGGCCAGUGGAGGGAUGAGGAGAAAAGUGCAAACGUCGAUAAUGAUGAACUGAGAGAAGGUGGACUGGCGGAAUCGCAAGGCGCAACCGUGUCUGAUCCAAUAGCAAACAUUUGGAACAACUUCAAACGCUAUCAAGCACACCGCACGAUCAGCCGUCGACAGUCGGCGACGGUGGACGAAGAGCAGCGCCAGGAAGAGGAGCUGGCGGAGCGAAUGCUGAAGAACACUAUCCUUCACGUGACGCAAUCGGAUCAUGAUUACAGCUUGAUGUACAAGCCUAUCAAUGCCGAGGCUGAUAUGAGCGAGUCUCAAGAACCGCUGGUAAGGCAGGAGUCGCUACUGUUGAAAUCAAAGGACGACUAUGGGAAAGGGAAGAACGAACGGCAUGCCGGCAAAACGAACUCUCCACGGAGGCACCGUGCUCAUUCAUCGGACAGCGACGAUAGCAGUGAUUCCGAUUCGAGUUGCAACUGUGGAUCUAAUUGCAGCUGCAGCUCAUCUAGCAGUAGCUCGAGCGGCAGUAACAGUUCUAGCUCCAGCUCGGACUCGGACAGUUCAGACGAUAAUGCGGCGACAGCAACACCGAACAAAAAGACGACCUCAUCGAGACAGAAGAAAGGCAAUGGAAAGAUACGCAACGAUGGCAAAACGGACGGUUCUGAACUGCGUGCUGAGCUGGAGGCGGAAGAACAGAAACCUCCACCAGAACCAGCCGAGCCUGUUGAUCCGGACAGCGUGAUCGUUACGUCCGACCUGGAAACCGAUGAGUCCGAGACGGAUGAAGAGUUUUAUGACGAAAAUCCGCAGAAGAUGGCAUCCUUGAUGUUGGCCGAGAAGCGCCGGCAGUUGUUUGCUCAAACGUACAACAGCAGCACGAACAGCAACAGCUCGCUGAAUGCAACGAACAUGAUGAACUACGGUAUCGUUGAGAACAGUCGUCCAUCUACUCCUUCUUUGCCACCGGAGGAGCAGCAGCAACAACUGCAGCAGGAAGAGUCUGGCAAGAAGAAGCUGAAGGUGAAGAAGCGGAAACGGGAACGCAAAUCGUCCAAACGGCAGAUGUCACCACAUUCCGUUCCAAUGUCUUUGGAAGCAAUGAUGACAGCCGCUUCGACGCAAGGACCGCUCGCAGGCGGUAUGCCCGACCAAUGGGUAAUGGGAGCUGGCAACUACCCCCACCUACAGGCAAAUCACUCACUAGCUAUGCCAUUACAGUUCGAUGGAGUAUCAAUCGAGACAUCAGCAUCGGAAGUACCACUGACGCCGGGAGCUACACUCGUAUACCCAGGAAUGGGCACAGGAAUGACCGAUGAUCAGACGAAGAUAAGUACCCCGCGCCUGAGCACCGGCAACAACUCUGAAACAGAUGCACCUCUGAAACGGUCUCAGCGUAGCCGAAAGCCCAACAAGUUCUACGGCUAUACGAGUGACGAUGAAAGCUUAGCGGGCGCAUCACCCGGUAUUCCUCUGUCGACGAACCCGGAAAAGUCGAUCCUCUCGCUCAUGAAACCAACACCACCACCGAACCUCGUGUGGAGCAAGGAAGACCUUCCAUCUCCGCCCAGCAAAUCCGCUAAGGUAUCGGGUGCUGGCAGUCGGUCAACUCAGCAAUCAACUCCCAUAACCUCGAGACGUAACUCUGGCAUUGGAUUUUCAACACUGGACGAAUCGUUCAGCGGAGGUAUGGCAGGGCUUGCACAACAAACGGCAUCACAACCCAUCGCCCCACCGUCGUUGCAGGCAGCCCUGGGAGCGGCAGUACUUGCUGCGUCCGCUUCGAUGCCAUCCUCUUCCUCUUGUCUUACUCCCGAUCAACGUCCUCCGGUGCUGAAGCUGAAGUUAUCGUUGGGCAAAAAGUCUCGCACAAGUUCUACACCGUCAGCGAAAGGUUCAUUGAAGGGCGCCAACAAGCGUCGCACUUUAACUCCUAAAACUCCCAAAUCGGCACCCCCCUUGAGUGGUGGUUUUGAUAGUAUGGUACCUGCUGCCCCACUGACUGCUCCUAUCGCCGCACCAUCUGCCCUAUCCUCGGCCCCCGGCUAUACGCUGCCAAUCGUACCGGAGCAGCAUCCUAAAGUACCGCCCAUCGGCUCAUUCCCCAGUGUGCAGACGGAGUAUUUCCGGCCGAAUCAGAUCCGUGUCCCAGCGGGUUGGCGACCACCGCGUGAAGGUGAAUCCGUAUACUGCUACUGCCGGUGCCCGUACGACGAGGUAUCGGAGAUGAUAGCUUGUGACGAUGAAAACUGUCGCAUAGAGUGGUUCCAUUUCGAGUGUGUCGGUAUCAUUAUGCCUCCAAAGGGCAAAUGGUACUGUCCGGAGUGUAUACCCAAGCAUCCACCGCAAACCGACACCGCUGACGAACCGGUCUUCAAUAGUGCACCAUUGCAGCGGCAACACCCAUCGAUGGCAUUCAAUGCUAAUGGACCUGCUGGUCUGGCGGGUGUGCCAGCGCAACCACCAACGACAUCGGCACUUUCCGGACUGUGGGGCAGCUCGCAACCAUAAAAACGCUUAUUACCUUAUCCACUCUUCAACCAAGAAUAGCGUUGUCUUAACAUUAAUUCGAUUUUAUAGAAACAGGACCAGGAAGUGGUUAGGGCCCUCUGUUUUAAAUUAGGAUAUCGAUCCUUUGCCAGGGAGUUAACAUACGCCGCGCGUUAGACAUACAUCGUACGUAGAAAAGCUAGAUCAACCCCAGAGCCCAGGGAUCUCCGCAGGCGCUGUAUCUUCGGCUAGUUAUCGAAAAUUUAAAAAAAAACGGAAACGGAAUGCCGCUGCCACGCUGUUCGUUCUCAUCGAGCACCACAUUUUUCAUGUUAUAAUACUAGACUUGGCACGACAAACUAAGCAGGCGACGGAUGGCGGCAGCACAAUGACACAAUGUAGAUUUUCCGUAUUUCUGUGCAUGUGUGUCUGUGUUUGUGUGUGCGCGUGUAAAGGGUGAUCUGUGUAUGAUAAGAGAAUAGUUUCCGAUAUCCUGAUUAGACAUAGUUUCUGAAGCAGCAGCAAAACGGCGUUUACUUAUAGAAAUAUGGCUACGAACGAUCAUCGGUUAGGUGAUUGCAGCGUGAAUCUACUCUUGGAGUGCUGCAUUUAAGAGGAAGUAGAACGAGAAAAAGCAGAAACAUUAUCGAGCUCUCGCUCUUUACCUUUACACUUAACUGAGCAUGCUCUAGUGGCUAUUAAUGCAAAGCGUAACACUGUAACUUCGUCGAAGACGACGACGAAGAAGCAAAAGGGCACCGCGCGCAUAGGAAGGAGAGGUUUAGAUCUCUGAAAACUAUUUAGUGAGGGAAUAAAAAAUAAAAAAAAACCCUAAUUAUAUAG